AUGAUCAACAGAAGUGUUUCUGUAGAAGUCAAAGUUAUUCCCAUUGUUGCAGUUUCACCGUUAUAUGUUGUUGCUACUGAAGGUAAUUUAAUACAAAUCCCUCGCAAGACCAUGCAGUGGCUCAUUCUUGAAUGAGAUCUUGCUACUGGCUGUCUGGAAGUCAGGCCUGUGCUGAAAACUCACCAAGGAAGGUCUUACCAAUUACAUACACCAUGGUCAAAUUUAGGAAAAAAAAUUUCCCACUCGUGCGGGCUCAUAUUGUCAGCGGACAUCUUACAGAAAUUGGCAGUUCUGUGCAAAAUGCAAAGGUUCCCCAAGUCCGUUGAGAAUGCGAGCCUGCGGUACUAGGAGAAAAUUGGUUGAAUAUUACCAGCGUGAUAGGAAGAUCGAACACAAGCUAUAUAUGUCAGUUGCCACUUAAUUAAUAACUUUCGUAACUCUCACAUGUCUAGUUACCACAGUUCUGGAAACAUAAGCAUAGAAUGGAGCACAGGAAGUGGGUAUAAAAAUGCGUUAGUUUCAUUCAACGUCGUAUUUCUUGAACGGAACGUGCACUCCAACCAAGUCUUUGUUUAAUUCUUCGAAAAUGUCCAAUUUCAUAAAAUGUUUUCUUAAUUUAAUUAUAUUUCCAUCCAGGUGAUCCAGUGACCUUAAAGUGUAAUGCUGGUGAUGAAGAAAAUCUCGAAAUUAUGUGGCACAACUCCACACAGUCUGGUAGUUUUGGUCGAACUAGAGAACUAUAUUUGUCCAAUAUCAAACUGCCUGUUGGUCACUUGAGAUACGCGGUAGAAUAUUGGUGUGUUGCUACAAAUUCAGGCGUUAUCGGACGAAGCCAGAAUGUUACAGUACAUAUAUUAUCGAAAGGUGAAUCUGCUAUUCUGCUUAGGCUAAUGGUAUCGUUGGUGUCAGUUGGCGUUAAAGCGCAGUAGAUGGUCGUCAACAUCAGAAAUGUUGGCGGCUUCUAGCAGCAACUUAAUUAAACUAAAUCCCUCAAUUUGAUUUGCCACCAAAAACAAGACGAAUACAUAUCAUGACAACAUUUUAUCAAUAACAACAUUUUCUCAUUUUGAUAUAUUCCCGGUUAACAAUAGUGGUUAGUGGCUAAAUUCUUACUGAUUAUAUUCUGCCAAUAACUAUGUUCUUUUUUUUAGAUUUUAAUAAAUUUUGCGCUGAAGAAAACAGCAGUGGUAAUUAUACUUGGGAAAAGACACCAGUUGACGUUUCAGUGAUUAAAUAUUGUCCACAAGGAAAAAUAG